CGACAGAGGGAGAGGGAGGGACAGGGUGCAGUAGAGUGACAAAUGCAUGAAAGUUUUGAAGAGACAGAAUGUGGACGGCUGAGCGACGGGCUGUAGCGAGAGACGUCCAGAAGAAAACAUGCUGAACGAGGGAAGCUGACAGCAUCUCACACACAGAAUGGCGUCUACGAAUAGUUCUAAGGUGUACACAUUGUGUGAGGAAGAUGACACACUCUGUGAGAUCCGUACGUACGAGCAGGAAGUGAUCAUUGUCCCCGUGCUUCUGUUGCUCAGCUUUGUCGUGACCCUCAUAAUCCUGCUGCUGUUGCGCUUCUGUCCUGAGAAAGUGCACAAAGCGCGCCCUAGAAGCACGCGUGGAGUGAGCCGCCGGCCGCCUAGGAUCGUCAACGGGAUCGAUGCUCCCCCAGGUCUCAAUGCUUUAGAAGGAGAGAACAUAGCGCUAGAUGUCGCACCCACUUACUCCACCUUUACAUCUUCGUUACAUAGUGGCAGACCGGCACGUGGAAUUGACAAUCCUGUUUUCAGUAAUGCCUCGUUGUUGGGCUCUCGCGAGGCCCCACGUCAGCGCCUACCAGAGAAAUUCAAGGUGGUGACGUCAUUGCCAGGUUUGUACGCGCUGAAGUCAGACAGCAACGUGUCGCGCUACAGAGCUCGCAUGGAGAACCGCAAUGUUGUGCUGCACGUGCUCAAUGACUCAGCGAGUGAGUCCGAGUGUCAAUCCUUCCUUGGCUUUGCGUCCUUCCUGUCAGAGUUGGGUCCUCACCCCUUCCUGCCCGAGCUGAUUGGCGUCGUUACACUCCAGGCACCGCUCAUCAUGGUCAUGGAGGAACUGGAGCGCCAGGACCUGCUCAGUUACCUGUGGAAGUGCAGACAGGCAGGACCUGACUCUGGAGUAAUGACUGAGAGGCAGAUCUUCACUAUGGCAUCUCAGGUGGCCUCCGCUUUGGAUUUCCUUCACUCCAAAAAUCUGAUCCACGGAAACAUCAAAGCCCGAAGCGUAUUAGUUACCCAGAUGGGCACGGCUAAGCUAUGGGGUCUCGGCGACGUAUACAUGAGGAAAACUUACGGCUUCAAUUACAAAAACAAUCCCGGGCAGAAAAAAUGGCAGGCACCAGAAAUCCUGGCUAACAAAGAGAAAAGCCCAAAGAGUGACGUGUGGUCGUUUGGUCUGCUGCUGUACGAGAUGGUGACUCUCGGUGAGGUUCCAUUCGCUGAGGUUCCUGUUACUGAACUGUUACAGUUCCUCCAGAGAGGAAAAUCACUGAAGAAACCACAUGGGUGCUCUAACUCACUCAACACCAUCAUUAAAAGCUGCUGCCACUGGAAAGAACAAGACCGCUUGUCAUUGACCGAGCUGAGACACAAACUCCAAUCAGGAGAAAAAAGCGCCAAUGACAAAACGGUUCUCCGGGUAUCUCAACCAAUCAACAUAGGCCAGUAUCUUAAGGAGGCGGGAUAUGGAGAAGCCUACAACAAUUACACCGUUUUCUGACAGAACUGGAUUUUGGGGAUUCGACUAGCAAAAAAUAAAAGACACAUUUGGCCAUAGACUCGAUGUUUACUUUUACUUUUCAGUAUGACCAAAAUGAUGGUAUACUUAUUUAACCUUUAUUUACCACCAGUUGAACCUGAGGGGAAAUGGUACAACCUUGAAUUCUGCUGCACCCCCCCAAUACAGAGCAUUGGUACAGCCCCAGUUUCAAUGAAUGACUUUGUGUAAAUGUUUCACAUAAUCAACUUUUUUGUGCCAAUUUAAUUUAAUCAAUUCCAGAGACACCAGAUUCUACUGAGUGGUUUCUACACGUCUUAACAGUUUUUCCAAAUGGGUCUCGUUGUAUUUUGUCCAAAAAUUAAAAACUAUGAAGGAUUUUUCUCACUUGAGACGGCAUAAAUAAAAGAAGACCAAUCACA